CGUUAAACCGCGAGGCGCGGCAGAGGUCAGUUUGGAAGUCCCGGGUCGCAGCUCUCGACAUCCAACGGCAUUGACGACGAGGUCAUCACGGUCGCGCGAUGCCUUGGCCGGGAUGCAGCUGCCCCGGCACUAAACACCUACCGGUGGCACGCCGAACUGUAUCCAACUCGCAAGGCGCACGUCGCCUAAAGAUGGCGCGAGGCGGGGCCACAAGCUGGCCGAGCCCGGCUGAGACAUCCGCUUCCGGGGCCACGGCUAUUGCGCUGCCCGGCUCAGUAGGCUGGCCAGACGACACGCAGAUCCACACUGCGGCCCCGACUCUCUCUGAAACGCGACCGCCCUCGCCCUCCCGCCCGCCUCUUGCGCUCUGCGGCGCGUCUCGCCGGCCAGACAUGCUGGAGCAUCUGGGCUCUCUGCCCACGCAAAUGGAUUACAAGGGCCAGAAGCUAGCUGAACAGAUGUUUCAGGGAAUUAUUCUUUUUUCUGCAAUAGUUGGAUUUAUCUACGGGUACGUGGCUGAACAGUUCGGAUGGACUGUCUAUAUAGUAAUGGCCGGAUUUGCUUUUUCUUGUUUGCUGACACUUCCUCCAUGGCCCAUCUAUCGCCGACAUCCCCUCAAGUGGUUACCUGUUCAAGAUUCAGGAACAGAAGACAAGAAACCAGGAGAUAGAAAAAUUAAGAGGCAUUCUAAAAAUAAUUGAUUGGGGCUUUCAAUGGUUCAGCACCUGCUUUUGUUUCUUGUGAGAGGUGCUAAAUUCCUUUCAUACCCAAAACAUGAGCUAAAACCACCUAUGCUCUUACAGCAGCUGUGUGUAGACUUAAGUCUCUUAAUAUUUCAUUUCUAACCCAGUUGGGUUUUGAUUUACAACCGUGUUUGAUCCUCUCUUCAUAAUUUUGCUCAGAAUUGGAGAACAGAAAGUACAAGUAUGCAAAGUUUCUUUUCAACUCUACAUAAAUAUUAAGAAUAAAUGCCUCAUAAAUAGUACAAUUUAACUAUCAAAGUUUUAUAAUUCAUUAUGACUAAUAAAACUGUUUUAAAUUAAAACUCAGCACAAGA